AUGGGGCUGUUGGCGGACCUUUCAUUGACGAGACUUUGUCUCGUGGCCGUCUCAGUGGUGAUUGCUGGUCUUGGUACUCGUCAGUUUCGACGAUGGCAUCGUCUGCGCCAUAUCCCAGGUCCUAGAGGCGCAGGUUGGUCAACAUGGUGGCAACUCAGCGGAGCUCUCAGCGGUCGCUAUCAUGAGCACCUCAAGCAGGCUGCUGACCAGUUCGGCCCUCUUGUUCGCAUCGGUCCAAAUGAACUGCUGUCAACAGACCCCGAUGUGCUUCGCAACAUGUCAGCAGUGCGCAGCACCUAUACCAAAGGCGACUUUUACAUGAGCGGCAGGAUAGUCCCCGACGUUGACAAUGUUGUCUCCGAGAGGAAUGAAGUGAAGCAUAAGGCCAUGAAGGCCAAGAUGACACCGGGAUAUUCUGGCAAGGAAAAUGAAGGCUUUGGUUUUGAGGCAGGCCUUGAUCGUCAACUCCUCAACUUCAUAGCCCUCCUCGACCGCAAGUACACCUCAGCGCCUGGUGAGACGCGGCCUGUCGACUUGGCCGAAAAGACACAGUUCUUUGCCCUUGAUGCCAUCGGUGACGUCUCAUUUGGAGAACCGUUUGGAUACCUCACCCAAGACGAGGAUCUCUACCACUACAACGAGAUCAACGCCAGCUCUUUGUCAGCUAUGGACAUUGUCUCUGUCUAUCCCUGGUUGACAAAGAUCGUUCAUCGAUGGCCCCUGAAGCUGUUACUGCCGCGGGAGGGAGACCAAGUAGGUUUUGGACGUUUGAUGGGAUUUGCUACACAAUUUGUCCGGGGACGGCUGGCUGAAGGUGCUGCGCCGGCAAAGGACAUGAUGCAAGCUCACAUCAACAAUGGCAUGAAUGAGGAAGAGCUCAUCCAACAAGUUUUUAUAUCCAUCAUCGCUGGUUCCAACUCGUCCGCUCACGCUCUGCGUAUGAUCAUUCUCUCAAUUAUUACCAACCCCCCAGCCCACGCCUCACUCCUCGCCGAAAUCCACCAACACGCACCCUCAGCGAGCACGCCCAUUUCCUGGGCCCAGAUCCAGAUACUACCGUACCUCCAAGCCGUCGUGCGCGAAGGUCUCCGCAUGUGGCCCCCGCUCGCUGGUUUGGGUUUCAAACAAGUGCCUCCUGAAGGUGACACCAUCAACGGCUACUUUGUUCCAGGCGGCACCCAGGUUGGACAGGGCUUUCAUGCUGUAGGGCGAUCUCGGCUCGUAUGGGGCGAGGACGCCGACAUGUUUCGCCCUGAACGAUGGCUAAUUGCCGAUGAGAGCGAGUUGAAGAGGAUGACGGCGGCCUGGGACACGCACUUUGGCCACGGCAAGUAUGUGUGUCUUGGAAAGCCCAUAGCCCUGAUGGAGAUCCAUAAGGCUGUCUUCGAGUUGAUCAAACGAUACAAUUUUGCCCUCAUGAAUCCUGAAAAGCCCAUCAAUAUUCAGGCUUCAGUUUUCCUCUUUGCGUCUGACUUUUGGGUCAGGAUCUCUCGACGAAAUGAUCAAGAUAUCGAGGAAAAGAAGUGA